AUGUAUAUAACAGAUGCUCAUAAAACAUUUAUAUCAUUCUUUAUAUUUGGAAUAUUAAAUAAUAUUUUAUAUGUUAUUAUAUUAUCAGCUGCAAUUGAUUUAGUUGGUUCAUCAACUCCAAAAGCUAUUGUAUUAUUAGCUGAUGUUUUACCUUCAUUUUUAUUUAAAUUUAUAUCACCUUUUAUAAUACAUUUGAUUAGUUAUAAAAAUAGAUUAUAUUCAUUAGUUGGUUUAUCAACAAUUGGUAUGCUUAUAAUUUCAUUAAGUUCAAUUAAUAUGAUAUGGUUAAAAAUUUUAGGUAUAAUGUUAGCUUCAUUAUCAUCAGGUAUGGGAGAAGUUAGUUUUUUACAAUUGACUCAUUAUUAUAGUAUAAAUGGGAAUUCAAUCAAUGGUUGGAGUAGUGGUACUGGAGCUGCUGGUUUAUUAGGAAGUUUUUUAUUUAUGUUAAUGACUAAUUUAAUUGGUAUACCUGUUUGGAUUGUUUUAUUAAUAUUUGCUAUAAUGCCACUGGGAUUUUUGAUUGUUUAUUAUUAUUUAUUGCCGAAACAAAAUCAAGAAUAUCAUGAAAUUGACGAUAAUAAUUUUAUAAUUGAAGGAGAUCAAGAAGAGGAAAUAAAUGAUGAAAUUGACAAUAGUUUGGAAAAUAAAGUAAGUAUUGAAAAAAUCAAUCAACACUUGAGUAAUACAUUUAAAAAAAUUCAACCAUUAAUUAUUCCAUUUAUGAUACCAUUGACUACAGUAUACAUUUCAGAAUAUGUCAUAAAUCAAGGUAUAUCGCCAACUUUAUUAUAUCCAUUGGAUGAUUUACCACAUUGGUUAUUCUCAAGUUAUAGAGACAUAUAUGUUGUUUACGGAUUCCUUUAUCAAUUGGGAGUAUUUAUAUCAAGAUCAUCAAUAACAUUUGGAUUAAGAAUUAAGAAACUAUAUUUAUUAUCAAUACUUCAAUUCAUAAACGUUGUAAUCACUAUAAUUCAAUCUGUGUAUGACAAACCAUUCACGAAAAUUUGGUUUUUAUUAAUUCUAAUUUUAUAUGAAGGUUUAUUGGGUGGAUUUUCUUACGUUAAUACUUUUAUGUCAGUAAGUGAAGAAGUUCCUAAAUCAAAAAGAGAAUUUAGCAUGGGAGCUGUUAGUAUUAGUGAUGGAUUGGGUAUUGUUUUAGCUGGUUGUAUUAAUUGGUGGUUAGAAACUAAAUUAUGCGGGUUACAAGUUGAUAGAGGUAGAGAUUGGUGUUUAAAUGGUGGAUCUGUAUAA